AGUUUUAAUUUGUCGCUCGUAUAGUAUAGGCCUGUACGGUUUGUAUAAAGCUGCGCUUUUAUCAUGUACUUUGAAGAAAUUUUACGUCUCAUUGUGUUAAUAGCGAUGUGUUUCACAAAAGAUUCAGACGGUUGUCACUCGCAAGGUCCACCAGGCCCACCGCAUGGGCUUAUGACAAUGUUGACCAGUCUAAGCAGUCAAAAAACUGAAGGUAUAGAUGAAUGUGGCGCUGAUUUGAUUGAGAUGAUCAUAGAGAAAUAUGGCGAAGACGCUCUCGAAUGGGUAUUGGAGGAUGUGUCUCAUGUUCUCGACAUGGCCCCGUACGUCAAUUACAAAACGUUUUUGUAUUACUUGUCUAAGACAGAGUCUUGUACCAAAUUUCCUGGAUAUUGUAAAAUAUUUUCGGAUUGCAUCCGGGACUAUAACCAGAUAACAUGGAGUUGGUGGUAAAAAUCGAUAUGCUGAAUCUCAUCAAUUGCUUAGUAUUAUAUUACUAAUGUAUUCGUUAGUAUAACAGGGUCUUCAGUAAAUGUUGACAAUACAACGAACAUUUUUCUCUUCAUUAUAAUUCCUUUUUAACAAUUACUUGAUCGAAUUUAAUUAAAACCAAAUUAGAUAAUUUUGAAGAUAUUCAUUAAAUACAAAUGAAUUUGGAAUUUACUAGAACUUUAUUAUUGAUGACGCAUGUUCAAACUAGGUAUAUAUAUUACAAUUUUCCCUGUCAUAAUGUAUGAUUGUUAUAUAUAUAAGCAACAAAAUUCGUUGGCAAUAAUCAAUGGGAGUAUAUAUAUAUAUAUUUGUUCAAUAAAUGUAUUCUGGACAAAACCUGAAAAAAUAAUUUCUGUAUCACAAUUCUAUAAUAAGUUUAUAAAUUUCUGUGACAUGCACUGUGUAUUUUUACAAACAAUCAACAUUAAACUUA